AUGUCUCUCCAAGAUAAGAUCAUCCUGAUCACCGGAGGUUCCAAAGGCAUCGGCAAGGCCAUUGCUCUGGAUGCGGCCGCACAGGGUGCCAAGAUUGUUGUCAACUAUAGCAGCGACUCAUCUGCCGCCGAUGAAGUUGUCAAGACCAUUGGCAGUGACUGCGCCAUUGCCGUGCGCGCAGACGUGUCCAAGACGGACGAGCUGCAGAAGCUCGUGGACGCCACCAUCGACAAGUUUGGCAAAAUCGACGUCUUGAUCCCCAAUGCUGCCAUCAUGCACAUGCGCACCGUCGAGAACACGACAGAGGAGGACUUUGAUCAAAUGUUCAACAUCAACGUCAAGGGACCCUACUUCUUGGUCCAGAAAGCUCUGCCUCACAUGUCCGAAGGCGGCCGCAUCAUCUUCCUCUCAACGACAGUUCUCGCUUUAAGUAGCCUUCCCCCGCCUUAUCUACUCUACGCAUCGACAAAGGGCAGUAUCGAACAAAUGACCAAGUUUAUGGCCAAGGACCUUGCUAAAAAAGGUGUCAACGUCAAUGCCAUUGCCCCCGGUCCUACAGGAACCGAUCUCUUCUAUAAGGGUAAGACCGAGGAGAUGCUUAAGCACAUCAAAGCCAGCAGCCCCUACAACAGAAUUGGCGUACCAGAGGAGAUUGCCUCUGUGGCGAUAUUCCUGUCAGGAAGAGAAUCAUCAUGGGUGACGGGGCAGAUCAUUCGGGUGAAUGGUGGAGCCGCCUAA